CUUUCGGUACCGUACACGAUUGUGGGCUGUGGCGGAUGGCCUUAUUUCUGUGUUUUAGCGAUAACUUUUUUGUAGUUUUACGUUGUUUCCUUGGUUUUUAAUAAUGGUGACUGUUUAUUAGUUCCACGAGUUCCUUUGUAAGAAAGAUUAAAUCGUAAUGAAGUAUUUUUCUGUUAGUAACAAGCACAUUAACUCGGGUGGCGCUAAAAGCAGGUGUCCGUGAGCAAGUCGCGCUAGCCGAGGCUAGAGUGGUUCGGUUUUAAUGUUGGGGCAUCUUAAGUGUGAAGAACGAUGUCUACAGUGACGCCACGCAGAUCUAACAGGGUCGCACAUACCCACACGCCCAAAAUGUCCGAAAGAAAGAAAAACUUAUUCUUGAGAGGGGCGGAGCUCGAGGAGCCCCUCAGACACCGUCGGCUGUCAGUCGUGGACAGCGAGAGCGACAGCAACGACUGCGACCUGGGUAUCAUCAGCACCUUGGACUCCAGCUCCGGCGAUGAGAACUAUCCUGUUACACCUGAGAGAAUGUGGCGGGGAACCAGGUCGCACACGAGAAAAUUACAGGAGAGCCAAGAUCUCAAACAUUUCAUGAAGUCACCGUUCACACUGAAACAAUAUCAAACGCGGUACUCCGGGGAGGCGGCGGGGGAGGCGGCCGGGUGGGCGUCCACGCCGGCCACGCCGCGCCCGCGCCGCGCCCCCUCCACGCCCUCCUCCGCCCACUCCAGCGCCAGCGCCGCCGCCGCCCCCGCCGGCCGCGCGCGCCGCAGCCUCGCCUCCCUCAUCGCCGACGCCGAGAGCUGCAGCAGCUCCCUCAAGGACCUCAACUUCGACUCCGACUCCGGCGCCGACUCCAAGGAGAACACGCCCGCGCGCCCGCGCCGCCGCGACCGAAACGAGACCACCCCGAGGUAUUCCUUCCGAGGAGUGCUCGUCGAGAGGGGGGGGAACGGGGCCGCCUCGCCGGUGACGGUCGACACGCCCGCCUCCCCGCCGCCGACCGCGCUCGGCCGGCCGACGCGGAUCGACAUCGACGACGUCGUCUCCCCCGCGAGCAUGCUGAAGACCCCCCACGCCGCCGUCGACGCCCGAGCCUCUCCGCCGAGGCUGGGCCCCAACCGCCGCUCCGUCGGGGAGACCCGCGGCAGCCCCGGGUCCGCCGGCGGCGACGAGCGCGCCGCCAAGCGCCUCCGCUACGACGACUCGGCGGGCGGCGGCGGCGCGCCCGAGCACGCGCGAGUCCAGCCGCCGCCGGCGCCCCGGGCGAGGCUGGCGCUGUUCGGCGCCGACCGACUGAAGGAGAUCCUGUCGGCCAAGUCGUUCUACGGCCGGACCGACCCCGAGAUGACCGUCCCCGUCUCCGACACGAUAUCUCGCGCCCUAGAGGUGGCGCACGUGCAGCGUCGCAGGCGCGCCGGGGCGGCAGGCCGGCGGCGCCGGGAGCCCGGCCAGAUCAACGGCGGGGUGCGCCAUCGCAUCCGCAAGCCUCGCGCCCCCAGGAGGCCGGCCGUGGGCUCCGCCGCCGCCGCCGCCCCCGCCGCCGCCGCCCCCGCCGCCGCCGCCGGCGCGUCUGCCGAGGACACGACCGUCGCUAGUCUCGACUCUACCCUGAGCCAGGAAGAAAAAGCGGACCCCUUCGACACGGAGAAGCGAACGAUAGACGCGCUCCUGAGCCAGUGGACGGAGGAGGAGCUGCCAGAGACGGAGCUGGCGCUGACGCGGGGGCGGGGCGACGCCUGCCUCCGCCGCGACGCCAUCGGGCCCCCGCCCCUUCCCGCCGCCGCCACGCCCGUGCCCGUCGCUGCGUACACGCCCCCCGCCGGCGCCGUGCUCGCCGAGCUGGGCGGGCAGACGGUGCUGCCGGACCUGGACGAGAUCGAGCGCGAGCUGCGCCAACUGGACGAGGAGCUGCUGCAGAUGGCGCACGAGCACCGCCUGCCCGCCGCCGUGCUUGCCGCCGCCGACCUGCCCGCGCCGCCGCCCGCCUCCCCGCCCGCGCCGCCGCCCGCCUCCCCGCCUGCGCCCGAGCUGUUCCCGAUCUUCAGGGACCCGAACCCGGGCAUUUCUACGACGCCGCCCGCUAAAGGAGUGGCGGGCGGGGCGGUGCUGCGGGGCGGCUGUGACCAGUACGUGAUCGACGCCGGGCAGCGCGCGCUCGGCGCCGCGCAGUGCCCCGAGUGCGGCGUCGUCUACCAGCGCGGCGACCCCCGGGACGAGCGCGACCAUCGCUUGCACCACGACGCCGCCGACGUGCUGCGCUUCCCCGGUUGGAAGGAGGAGUGCGUGGUGGGGCGGUGGGGCGCGGCGCGGGCGUUGCGCGUGCGCGGCGGUGCGGCGGGCUGGCGGCGCGUGGCGGCGCUGCUGCGGCGCCUGCUGCAGCCCGCGCUCGGCCUGCCUGACUUGCCGCGUCCCGACCACGUGUACACGGCGUACCUGUACAUCGAGAGCCGGCGGAUCGUGGCCUGCGCGGUGCUGGAGCCCCGCACGCGCGCCUACCGCAUGCUGCCCGGCGAGCCGCCCUGCUGCAGCAGAGAGGACUACCCCGUCAAGUGCGGAGUGGCACGCAUAUGGACGGCUCAGGGCGCGCGGCGGCGCGGCGUGGCGGCGCGCCUGCUGGAGUGCGCGCGGGCGAGCCUGCUGCACGGCGCCGUGCUCGAGCGCGCCGACGUCGCCUUCAGCGCGCCCACGCCCGACGGAGCCGCCUUCGCCGCCGCCUACGCCGGCACGCCGCGCUUCCCUGUCUACCUUGACUGAGACCGCCCGCCCGCCCGCCCACCGCCGCCGCCGGAUAUUACAGGAGCUCGGCGGCGGCGGGAACUUUUAGUGUUUUAGUGUACACUUCCGAUGACGCUUAAUUAGUAUACGGAAUCGAGACCGGGGCCGCGCCGGCCGCCGACGCCGGCUCGCGAUCGCGUGGACGAACAGACGGGGCGUGGGUCGUGUGCGGGGGCGGAGUUCCGGAGCGCGCUGGUUUUGUUUGUUAACCGUUCGAGUCAAAGUGAUGCCAUAUUAUUAUAUUGUGUUUGUAUUCUAGCGUUGGGCCUUAAACCGUAAACGUGAGUGACGCAGAUAAUACUGCGC